CUAAGUCCGCCUUAGAUUCUCGGCGAAGGUCAAUCAUACUUCAAGAAGUUCCGUUGUUUGAUGAUAUUUUUGUAUCUAUUUUUGUUUGCUACAGCACAAGACAUUGACAAAGAAUGAUGGAGUCAACAGCCGGUGCUAGGGUGAUGGCGUUGGGUGUACAGAGAAAAUUGAGGAAGGCCUGGAAUACUUCCACAAACAAUUUAUUGCCACUGCUGAAAGCAUGCGGAGCCAAACGGGAAUUGGGCCUUAAAUUCCCCAUCUCGACCAACUCCCCUUUGCCAGAAGUCAGCGUUAGCGUCUUGAACGAAGCCCUGUUCACGAAUCUACUAACCCUUCAGCUGCACCACUCGCCAGGAUCCCAACAUCGCGGUGUGUCUACAAUCAAAGGCAAACCCGUUCGGAAGCCACGAUGUUUGGUUACGAUUAUUAUCAUCAAGUUCGUUAUUAUUUUUAUUGGUAUUGUUACUACACAGCACCGCCAUUGUCAUUAGUUGUGGCAUCCGUAGUCGCGUUACUAUUAUUAGUUUCUCUCCUUCCCCUAAACCCUACACCUUCCAUCCCGGCCCUCCCUUUUGCGCUGGGUUUUGUUCAAUAGGAUCACAAAUUUCCGUGCCCUUCACGCGUGUUGAUUAUGAAUUGCCCGUUCGGUAACUUGCGGCUUUGAAAACCUUGGAACUCUUGCCUAAGGCAAAGCUCAAGGUAAUGGUGGAUUCCUAGCAUUUUUACUUCUUUUUAUAUUGGGUCAGGAACAUAGUAGCGAACCACAAAAUUUGUGAAGAGGAUGAAACGCCGAGUUAAAGGCAUGAUGGGACGGUUUUCCGACAGUCAUCAGAAACCAGAAGCGGUGCGAUUCAGACUUUUUCCGUGGCGUCUGUCGGUCAGGUUAGGUAGGUUAGUUCAUUGCUUCCGCUCAUCUGAAGCAGUUCACAAGGUAGCAAUUAUUUGGCAUAAACGAGCCUGCAGCCGAGUUAGCGUGUGUCCACCAGUGUUGGUUAGUGAGUGAGCAGCUGUACACAGUGAUAGGAUAUCGAGCAGCGGAUGGCGAUGCUAAAAGGCGAAGAUAGUCCACCGCGACCACCUGCCAUCGUGUCGUACGCGUUCGAGAAGGAACUGAUCAACAGGCAGAACCGUUACAUCCGACUGUACGAUAGCUUUCUGCCGAACCUGAAGCGUGUACCGAUAGCGAUCAAGUUUUGGUCCAAGUACGACUCAACUGCAGCCGGACGUAGCGGGUUACCCAACUUUGACCAUUACUGUGCUCUGGUGGAGAAGACAAUUGCAGAAGGACCACGGGAUCGCUUCCCGGAACCGAUCACCGAGAGCCAAUGCUACGGUUGGUACUUUGAACCUUUCUACCGGUAUGAAGGACGCGACAUUCACUUGCUGUAUCAUCCGAAGAAACGCUCGCCGAUCACGCUGGUCGGUGAGAAGAUCAAUGCCGACCGCAUCACGCAGCGACCCCGUUUCACCGGUGUACCCUUCAAACUGACAUCUUAAACGUCAAUCAACGCGUAGUAUCGCCUCUUCUAUCUUCCAUUUACCUAAGUUCUUUCUUCACACAUUCCAACCAUGUGCGUCCUGUUAGUGGGUUAGUAUGGGUUAAAAAUCCCUUUUUUGCUUUAUUAGUUUCCCAAACUGUGAGUGUAAAUUGUGCAAUUGUGUAAGUAGUAAAUAAAUUAAUAAUUAACGGAAACACACACACACACACACGAGAGCGCGAGCAUACAUACACACAAAUAAAA